UCAGAGGCUGGCACUAAUAUCAAGAGAGUUGUAAGGCAGAUUCCAGAGGAAAUUCUAAAUAAUGCGGAUUUGCUGGAUGCCAUUAGACGGGUGAAUAUUAGUGGAAUACUCUAUUCAAAAGUACAUGUACACGUAUUAAAUGUUUUUAAUUGGUACAGUCAAGACAUCAAACCAGAUACUAUAUUGAAUUUUGUGAUGUGUAGAGCAGUCCAGAUAUUGCAUUGUGUACCACUGUGUGAUCACUGGUUAAGAAAUUUUAUGUUUGAAUUUAUUAUUUUUGUUUUCUUGUUGUUGUUAUUAUUAUUAUUUUAAAUUGCAAGGUGUUUGUGUAAGUGUGAGAGUUUCCUCUAAUGUAGAUUGUUAAAAAACUUGAAAUUCUUCUUCUUCAGUUACCCCCAAACUAUAAUUUUGAAAUCUUCAAGACUGUUUGGAGGAUCAAGGAAACAAGCUCUAAAAGAGGUAAAAAGACAUAAAUCAAGUAUCUUGUACUCUGUAAAAUCAGCAUGCAAAGAAAGUAGUGUCCGAUAGCCCAGGGCUGGUGGAUUUUGCUAUCGUGCUAGUGAAUUCUGUUCUUAACUUGCCUGAUGGACAAGUGAAGUUUUUUAAGGAAUUCAAAUUACAUAAGAACUGUGAAAUCAAUUUUGCCCAUCAAAAUGUUUUUGGGGCUGGUUGAAAUGACAUUUGGGCUAGUAAAUUUUAGCUUCAACUUGCCCGAAUGGCAAGCUUUAAAAAUGACUUUCUUUGCACCCUGAAAUAUUGUGUGACUAACAUGAUGAUAGAAGACCAGCCUGACUGUAAAUAUGAUUAAGAGAUCUUUACAAAAUUCUGACUGGCCAAUCACACACAGACUACUGCAACAGGGAGGUGUAAGGUACCCUUUUUGUUUAGUGAUAAUUUGGGAAGGAAUGUGGUUUCUUGACUUAUUUAAGCGGAAAAUUAUCUGUCUUAACUGAAGACUGGCUUCCUAAAAUAAUGUGAUUUUAACUUUGGUUUCUGGAGUUAUAUUUGAAUGAUAAUAGGGACCCUACCAAACUACGAUAGCAAAAGCAACUGGAACUUCAAAAAAGGAACAGGUUUACAGUGUAAUGAGCAAACUAACAACUAUGCACGUGGAUCAUGAUUUUUGCAAAUUUCUUUGCCAUCCCUGCACAACUAUAACGUGAAAUGGCCAAAUCGUUUGUUCUCAUGAGAAUGGGAAGACAAUAAAUUCUACUAUCUCUUUCUGAACUUGGUGGAAUUUCGCUCUCCUCAGUUCCAACAUAAAUUCCUUUCUUUUAAGUAACUUAGCAACUUAGGACAAUUGCAAAAAAGUUUGCAAGGAUGUAAAGUUUGCUUUUGAUCAACGUUUUCAUGGACGUGGCCAUUGUUGGAUCGUUAAGUCUGUAAUAUCCCUGACAUCAUAACAUGCAGUUAAUGGAACAGAAUGCCUAAGGUGGCAAUUGGAUUGAAGUUUGUAGUGUGAUUAUUUAUUCCAUGAAUGAACUCAAUUCUUUUAGCUCUAAAGAAAAAGAGGUUUCCAUGGCUAGAAGUAUCUUAAUGUAGUACAUGCUUGUUCUUUUGUAUUGUUUUAGUGGCAUUACAGUUCCCAGAAGGACUUCUCAUGUUUGCUUGUACAAUAGCUGACAUCUUGGAAAGGUAUGGUUGGCUUCCAUCAUUUUGCCCCCAAUUCUCGAUACACUUUUUAAAUUCUUGACACCAAAGAAAGGGGAGUAUUUUAGCAGGGUGGAGAUUUGCCAGUAACGGUUGAACUGUGAAGAACCCUUGAAGUAGCCAGAUUUCUUUACUUGACUCCUUUCGCACCAGAAAGUACCAGAAACAAAGUUUCCUUCUCUGAUUAUUCGUUUACCUUUGUUCUUGUCACUCAACAAGUUUUUUUUUUUAUUAACACUUUCAACGUAAUUAAAGGGAGUAAAACUUGACAAUGGAGGAGAAAACGCAGUUAAAGGAAAUAAACUUUCAGUAAAAAGUAAUUUAAACGCAUUUAAACUCAGCGCAAUUAAUCCAAUACCUUAAUUUCAUGGGGCAUUAAUUUCCUAUAAUAAGUUACCGUAAAAUUCCGAAAAUAAGCCCCAGGGCUUAUAUUUUUCAAAGACCCUUUUUGAGGGGCUUAUUUUUGGAGGGGCUUAUCUACGGAGGGAAAUUUGCGUUUCAAAAUUGAUUUGGCUAGCCUUAUAGUUGGAAGUAAAUUUACCGUUUUUGCUUUGUUUUACUUUGUAUUUGAGGGCAAUUUUCCAAGUACAAGCCCCCCGGGGGCUUAUAUUUGGAGGGGCGAUUUAACGGAGGGUUUUUUUGGAUUACUGGUUUGGGGGGCUUAUAUUUGGAGGGGGGAUUUAACGGAGGGUUUUUUGCAUUGCCGGUUUGGGGGGCUUAUAUUUGGAGGGGCUCAUACAUGGAGGGGCUUAUUUUUGGAAUUUUACGGUAUAAUCCUUAUUCAUUGAACCAUUAAGGGCCAGUUUACAUGGAGGUGGGGACCCCAGGUAGGUGAGGAAACCCGCUUAGGUGGGGUUACCCACCUGUCCAUAUAAUCUCUCUAUUUAAUUUGAUCACAUUUACAUGGUAGGUGGGGUGACCUACCAAGGUGAGUAGCCUGGUCUACCAGACUGGGUAACCCUCUCAGCCAGGAUCAAAUUUUGCCAUGUAAACGUUUCAAGGGGGCUAACCCGCCCAGCCGGGGUCGGAUUCGGGAUACAUCAAAUUCGUGGAAAAUUCACUUUGGCAGUGGCUUUGCAUCAUUAUCAAAGGUAACAAUAGAAAGCCACAGCACUGAAGGUUUCAGCAAGAGCAGCAGGUGAUUGUAGAAGAGCAAUAAUCGUCGCCAAGACACGUGGUUUGCCAGUAUUUUUCUUGUUUACAGUGUACGCGAACUUGCUUAGCAACAAUUCAAUAAUUUUGAAAACGUGCACCCUGGGAUGGAGGGGUUGUAAGAUUGCAUGUAAACGAGGGUUAUUUUUUUACCCCACCUAAGCAGGUUACCUCACCUACCUUGGGGUCCCCACCUCCGUGUAAACAGUCCCCAAGUGGAUACAGGGGAUAGCUGCAUUCUGUGUUUCACAGUCAGUCUCUUACUGUGUCUAGAUUCACAGAGUGUGAUACUGUUAUUAUGGGAGAUGUCACUUAUGGGGCAUGUUGUGUUGAUGACUUCACUGCUAGAGCUCUUGGCUGUGAUAUGAUGGUUCAUUAUGGCCACAGCUGUUUAGGUAAGGACCUGUAUAAUUAAUUAAUUAUAAUUCAUGAUAAUUAUAAUUAAUUUUACCAUUAAAGAUGGGCUUACAAUAGCGACAAAGGCAGAGGCAGAAUCAAAAAAGGCAUAAUUUAAAAACAAAUAAUGAAAAAGAUAUUAUUUGAGGUUCAAAGUUUUCAGGAAGUUAAAUUUUCAAAAAUGCACACAAGGUAAACUGCCUAAAGUAUUCAAUCAAUCAAUCAAACAAUCAAAGAGUAUAAUUUAUUUUACUUCGAAUUAGUUGAUAGCGAAAUUCAGUGCUAAUAUCUCCAAAGAAAAUUAGCACACUAGAAGAUUCUAAGAGAAUAUUACUAGAUGUUGAGAAAAUUCCCAAUUAGCAUGUCAUCGUUAUUCUGUUACUAUGGAGGCGGUGAUAAAACCAAACGUAAUUAUCAAUGCUUUAUAGACAGGUUGUUUCAUUUUGAGGCUUUUCCGUACAUGCACUACAGCCAAAAUUACAGGGCAUCAAACACGAAGGGAUAAGUCCUUGAAAAAUAGGUGCGAGCCUCCGUAAUUGUUUCGGAAAGAAAUUAACCGUUUGCCUCAGAAAAGUAGAGCUGUCACUGAGAUUUCAAGUUACCAGUAAAUCGGCGGGGAGUGAAAGACCUAGGGAUUUCUUUUGGUUCUCUUUUUCUUCUACUUUUCCUAUGAAAGUAGCCGCGUGUGUUCAUUGUAGCUAGGGGAGAUCUUCCGCUCUCCGGCCUUUAGUGACCGCCUUGUGAUAAGCCAAAAUGUCAACCAUUGACCGUAUACUGUUAACUGCCGCUUAUACGUCUUAAUUAGUGGUUUUGGGAGGGUUUAUUAACGGAGAGGCUUAUAUCUGAAGGAGCUUUUAAAGGGACUGUACCACGGCUGUCUAGUUCUUUUGUUAUUUUGCCAGUUACUCUUCCUUAUGCACUAUAGAACUUAACUUUAAGGAACAAACUACUUCUGAGCAACAAAAUCAGAACUUCCCAAGUAUUAUAUCAAACGUUACGAUUGACAGAAAUGAAGUUUGAAAGACUGUUAGCCUAACACGUUUUCAAAAACCCACAAUUUGAAUCCGUCAUAAUCUUCUUCAAGUUUGUCCAUCCGUGCCUACUUUUGUAUUUGCUGUGUUAUUAAUACCUCCUUUUAAUGUUUUUGAACGAUUAUUUUUAUGUUUUACUCAAUCUGGUAGCAGUUCCUACUGUCAGAAUUUUAAUAAAAUCUGUGACAGCUCCUUUAACUGGAAUAGAAAAAGCACUUCAAAACAAGCUGUAACACAAGUACUGAUCAAAAUGCAUUUAAGCCUGGUUUUUAUCUGUCGGGGAAAUCCCAGACGAUCGCGGAUUUUACUGUUUCCCGAUUGUUUCAGAUUUUGCCGACUAUAAUAAUAACUCGAAAUCGUAGAUAUCCCAGAUCGUUUAGGAUGGACGGGGACAAAUCUGGAGAAUCGGGAGCUUUUUUAUUUUCCCGACGCGUCCCAGUUUUAUGCGAUGGUCGGCGAUCAUUCCCGUCAAAUGAAAACUCAAAUUUGUACCGUCGGGGACGUCGGCGAUGGAUUUCGCUCAUGAGAGAGUUUUAGAUUCGAGUUUACCGCGAACCUCUAACCGCUGGAGGUCACGUGACAAGUCUUUCGCGUCACGUUUGAGGUUUACGACGUGCGUUUUAAACGUGGGGAGGUAGGUUUUCACGUAGGUCAUUUACCUGAAAGCUUUUAGCGUAUAAUUCUUGUUUUAUCUCACGUAAUGAUACAAAAAUCGUGUGAAGCAAGUCUUCAUCCAUUAACAGAGGCACAAAUUCGGGCGAAAUGCUAAAUUUGAUAAAUCCUAUUGGAUCUUGAAAACAAGUGCCAUUCAUGGCUGCUGAUUCAAAAUGACGGCCGUAAAUUUGCAAGAAGAACUAAUGUAAGAAUUUACAGUUUGUUGCUGCUAGAUAACCCAGUGUUACCGUAAAUUUCUUUUAUUUUCACUGAUUGAUAUUUCUUGUAUUUCUAAAUGGAAAAAUAAACCAGAAUCCACUUGUUUAAUCCACUGCCAAUCUAAAUCGAAUUAUGUUUGAACGUUGAACCGCAAACCGCGGUUAAAGGUUCGCGGUAAACUCCGAUCUAAAACUCUCUAUUACCAAUCCUACCAAUCCCCUAAAUUGCUGGGCUUCAGUUCCCCUAUCACGCAAGUUUCAAUUUUUGGCCUACUUUCCAUUUCCAGCCAAAUUCAUUGUGAGAAUCGAGAGACAGAAUUAUGGCGAAUAUCUGAACGGCUACGUGACUGUACAACAUCAUUCUUUCGGAAAACUUAGCUUCUUGGACCCUCGAUCCUCGAUCAUCGAAACUCGAGACUCGAUCCUCGCGUCUAGAGACUCGAUCCUCGCAUCUCGAAACUCGAAGCGUUCGAGCUUCGAGACGCGACGAUCGAGUCUCGAGUUUCGAGCUUCGAGAGUCAACUUACUUUUGAGCGGUACUGUAUCUGGGACGGCCGGCAAAAUGUAAUAUCCCCGAUCGUCUGGGAUUUUCCCGACAUAUGAAAACCAGGUUUUCCAGUAUACCACCACCACAUUGAGACCGUAUGGAUGGCUAAGAACGUUUGCUGCUCCCUUGGCGGGGGGGGGGGGCGGUACCCCCCUAUAAAAGAUUUUUUUGCAUUGGCUUUUAAAAAGGAUUGGUCAAAAACGUCUGCCUAAAAAGAAAUGUAAACCUGCGAGUAGGGGUUUUUUGGUUUAGAACCCCAAGCCGUUCCACCCCCCAAACUUUAACCCCCAAAAAGUAGGGCCGGGCCCCCCUUCCUUUUUUUUGGGGGGUAUCCCCCCCCCCCCCCCCCCCGGGUUGCUGCUCUGGUUAUUCGGAAAGCUGUAAUCAAGAGUAAUUAUUUCUGUUAAUACCUUUACAGUUCCCAUCGACUCUACAAAAGGAAUCAAGAUGCUGUACGUAUUUGUGGAUAUCAAACUGGACGCUACACACUUUGUUGAUACUGUCAGGCAUAAUUUUGAAGUUGGUUCUUCUCUGGCGUUAGUGAGCACGAUUCAAUUUGUGGCAACUCUUCAAGUAUGUAAAUGUUUUAUCAUACGUAUCUACAAUGUGAAAUUUUUUUGA